ACAGCGUAUUUCAAAGAAUGAGAGAAACGAACUAUCAAAUCUAAAACGAGAGAGAAGUUUCAUGCUGAAGCUGAUGAGUUGACUGUGAGGAUGACAGAAGUACAGGUGGACAACAGGAAAGGACAGACAGGUGAGGGAAGAUGAAUGACAUAGACAGGUUCUGAGGGGAGGAUUAACACUCAUUAAAGCUCUGUGCAGCGUGCAGGAGACUCACAAACACACAUACAGUGAUUGGUUGGGUCUGGUAGUUCUCAUAAUGUCAUUGGCAGUGGAUGAGACAGCAGGUGACCUCCCCGUGAGGGAUGUGGGCUUGAGAGCGGGGCUGUUAACUGUCCUCACAGAUACAGAUCAAGACACUAGAAACUGGAGAAGACCACCACAGGUAUUCAAAAUAAAGGAUCGCCAGCGAUUGUUCAAAAUAUCACGCGAGCAGCUGGAGGACCAAUGUCUCCAUCUACAGGAGGAGAACACACUUCUCAAACAACACAGCCGCACACAAGAGCAAAAACUAUGCAGGUUGUCAACAAAACUGCUGCGAUUGAAGCAAGGCACUUCGUCUGCUGGGAGGGAUGGAGAGCUGGAGGACACGAUUCAAGAGCUAGAGGCUCGAGUAGCGACUCUAGAGAGUCAGAAGCGUGCACUGCACAGCAAACUCAGUUUAGCCAAGCAACACAUCUUAGACCUGGGCAUCAGGACACAUAACAGGCCACGGACAGGGCGAGGUGUGGAUGGGGACGGAGGGGUCAGACGAGCUGCCCAAACCGCUCCUGCCCGCUAUGGCAUCAGUUCACUGGACUCCAGAGGAGAUAUAGACAGAUUACUUGCAUUACUCAGCAGAUCUACAAUCAUAGAAAACCAGCAAGGGAGGGUGGCAGAGCUGGAGCUGUCUGCUCAUUCUCUCAGAGAAUCACUCAGAGACAAAGAGAAAGAAAUUGAAGGUAUCGUGAAAGACCUGCGCAAACAACAAGCCGAUGGACACAGACUCAUUAUAAAAGAUAAUGUAGAUGUGAUAAGAUUGCAGAAGCAGCUUUCUGAAAAGAGCACCUCCCUUCUGGUCCUUCAGGAAAAGUUUGCUGCUCUUCAGGAGGCUUAUGAGAACCAGCUGGAGGAGGGCCAAAGGUCUUUAAAAGAGAGCCAAGGAGCACUGCUGGGGAAGGUGGAGGAGCUGAGUGAGCUGUUGAAACAGGAGAAGCAGAGAGUGCUGACGCUUGAGGGCCAGCUCAAUGCUGCCACACUUUCACUGCAAGCUCUGGGGGAGCUUCAGGAGAGGGUUUCAGACCUGGAGGGGGAGAGGAACCUCCUGAAGAACAGCUAUGAUUCACUUCUGGAGUGCACUAUGUCUGUACAGAACCAUCAAGAAGGACAACAUGAUAAAAAAGACAAAAGAAGUGAACAAAAUACAGAGGAGAGUUGGAGAGAGGAUUUAUGGAGGCUUGAACAAAGACUGGAGGAAGAAAGGAAAGAAAAGCAAAUGCUGGAGCAGGAGAAGGAACAGAUGAGACAAGAGAAUGACCAGUUUCAGAAGGAGAAGGAGCGAGACAGAGAUAUGGUUACAUUCCUCAGAGAAAAACACGACUGCUUGGAGCGAGAAGUCCUGCAGCACAGGCAGGAAGUCACAUCUUUGCAAGAAAAACUGGACUCUGUUACAAAAGAGUUUGAUAUGAGUGUGGAAGAUCUGAGUGAGACUCUGCUGCAGAUUAAGGCCUUUAGAAUUCAGCGGGAGACUCAAGGGAUGAUGUGUUUCUUGAAAACAGACGAAAAGAUAGAGGAAGCAUCAAAGGAUUUGACUGCAGUACAGGCUUCAUAUGCAGAAACUGUUUUGGAACUCCAGAAAACAAGGGAUUUAUUGUUACUGCAGCAUCGACUGAAUGCUGACCUUCAGAAUGAGAUGAAGACAGUUGUGGAAAAAUCUGAGAGAGAGAGGGAGGAGAAUAGAAGGAGGGCAGGUGAAAAAGACAAAUUGCUGAAAAGCAGAAGUCUUCAAAUCAACAGUUUACAAGCUCAGCUCAAAGACAUAGCAUACAGCCCUAGAAACUAUAAGCAGACCAUACCCCUGCAGUACACCUGGACAGGGCUGGAACAAGAGUCAGUCAAGCCUGCUGCAGAGGGCGCUAUAAUCACACAGCUGCGUGGAGGAGAAUCUCUUCUGGAGGUCCAUCUAACAGGAGCCACCUUCACACCUCUGGGAUUGAGACUCAUGGGACAAUGCACAGGAGAUCACCAAGGGGUCGCAACAUUCUGCACCUAUGGGUUCCUCGACUUUGAAACCCUCUCAACUUCAUUAAUAUCAGGUGGACAGCCAAAUUAUGGCUUCACCUCGCAAUACGCCCUCACUGAGUUCGACCUGGAGAAGCUCAGGGUUCAGGGUGGGUCCAUCACUGUUGAACUGCACCAGGCGCUUGGAGGGGUGCAAUUUAUGACCCGUGGGAGAGCAAGGAUUUCUCUGAUGGGAGCUCUACAGCGCACGGGUGAACGAAUGAAUAACAGAACCAACAUCACAGGAGCUGAAGGGGAAGUUAUAGGAAUCCUUGAGUUUUGGGUGUGUUUACACCCUCAGGUGGAACUCACAGGACCUCAAAUGGAAAGAGCCACUAGUAGAGCAGCUAUGAGACACACCAGAGGUUCAGAAUGGGCUCAUGGGGAACCAGAGGAAAUAUAUGAUUAUGGUGUAGGGAUACCCAAUGAACUUGAGGUGGUACUGGAGCGCUGUGUGGGCCUCAGUACCCACUGGCCAGGACUACUCCCUGAUGCAUACUUAACAUAUCGCUUUUAUGACCUACCACCUCAUUCUACACCCAUAAUUCAAUGCUGUGUGGAUCCUGUCUUUGAAGACUCAGUGAGCUAUCCAUUAGCUGUAACCACAGAUUUAUUAGAAUACCUGAAUGUGGGCAGCCUGUGGGUGUAUGUGUUUGAUGACAGCGAGCGUCAGACUCCUCCCACAUAUUUGGCAAAGACGCCAAUCCCACUACGAGCCCUUGCAGCAGGCAGACCAAUCAGAGGCGAUUAUGUGCUUCGAGAUCCUGCUGGCAGUCCAAGAGGAAUGGUGAGGGCCACUCUCAGGUGGAAAUACCCUUUCCAGUCACCUGAGACACCCUCAAGAGAAAGAGAAGUAGAAGAGAAAGACAGAAUGGUUCCCAGUGUUGAGGUUUCACAGAGACCCAUUGCAAAGCCCAGGUCUCAGCUUCGGCCUCCACCAGAACAUGGAGUCAAGACCACUGACACUCACCCAUCCACAGCCAUUAGAAGCCCUCAAAAAGGUUCAUUCACACUUCCAUCGCCAUCCAUUCAGGUGACUGAACCCACGUCUUAUCAUCGGAAACCUCCAUCUAGUUUGGCUCAACCUUUAAGAUCGGUUAGACGGAAGCAACACCGCACUGCAGCGUUGAACAUACAGGAAAAAUUGAAACCAACAACGGCACCUUACCUGAGUCCCGCCAUGUCUAUUAAGUCUCAAAAAUCCAAUCGAGUGGACUUGAAACCAUCGACCUCAGUGACGAGCACCCCUCGCAGCCAAAGAAGCUAUCGAAGCGACUCAACACAGCAAAUUAAAAUGGAAGAGGAACAGGAAUAUGAAGAUCAGGAAGAUGAAACUGAAGACAGAACUCAAAAUGACAUGGAUGCCCUUCAGUCUGAUGAAUCAAGAGAUUCAAAUGGAAGUGACGUCAUCAUAAUCCCUCACCCACCAAAACCACAUAAAAAGGGAGACAGACUCAGAGUGGAGAUCCUCUCACUUUCUUUUAACCGCUCUUCUAGUGUUGCACUUGACCAAUCAGUGCAUCAGGUAUAUGUGGAGUACCGUCUCCUAGGUAUUCCCAUGGAGACAACAGAAACACCCAUGUCCCUGCGUAAACCAACAGAUGGGGAGGAAAUACAUUAUAACUUUACACGAGUUAUCCAUGUGGAUAGCAUGGAAGCAGCUCCCUUGAGACAUUACCUCUACACCAUGCUGGAAGGUACAGACCCCAACCAGGGCAGGUUAAAGUUCACAGUAGUCAGUGAGCCCAUGAACGAGCAAGAAGAAUGUAAAGAUGUAGGAUAUGCCUACUUGAAUUUACAAGAACUUCUGCUGACUGGAAAUGAUUUUAUUGAAGAACAAAUCAAUGUUGUUAGUGCGGAUGAAGAACAGGAUGUGGUGGGAAAACUGAAAGUAUCUGUAGAAGCUGCACAGGCUCUUACUGGAAUCUAUCAGGAAUAUCAUCUGAUUGUGGAAAGGGAGAGAGGAGGACCAAUAAAUAGCACAGAGAAUGAGGAGGAGGAGGAAAGUGGGAUACAAAAAAACAACGAGUUGCAUGUGGUUGAUUUUGAAGUUGAUGAAGACAGUGAUUUCUGAAGACAUUUCUUCGGAACAUCUCCAGCCUAAAGUUAUGUUCAAACCAGGCCAGUCUGUAGGGAACAUUCCUUUUUUUGUACUAACUCUACAACAUCCAAAAUUUCCCUCUUGCAACAUUUUCAACCGUUCAAAACCUAUGACACUGUCAUGUUUAAAUUAUAGAAAACAUGAAUGUGGUUUAAGUUGCUAAAUGUUUUAAUAUAAAAAAAUGUAUACAAAUAUAGAGCUCCCUAUCUGUCAGUCACUACUAGUUAUGUCAUGAACACAUAGGGGUUUACUUGAUAAACUGUUAAACUUGUAAAUCAUUUGUUUUUGUUUUUUGUAUGUCUUUUUGGAGAUGGUCUGAAAUGAAAGCGAAGGUGAGAUAUUUAAAGUUUUCCUGUGUGACGUUGCUUAUUUUGACUCAUUUUAAUAGUCUAGUAUUUGACGAUUUGUGAGAGCUACUUUCUUUUAUUGUGUUGAUGGUGUCUUAUUGUCUUCUUUUGUGUUGUUGACUGUAUCAGUGAUAUAUUUAUUACGUUCUAUUAUAUUUUUAUUUAUGCUCCUCAGCAUAAAACCUGAAUGAGUGCAUGCACUUGUCAUCUAUUUAUACCCGUAUGCACUGGGAGUGGCUCAGGAAUGCAGAAUCCACUAAUCAAAAUUCACUGUUGUUUUCUCUGAAAGUCGGAGUGGACUGGGGCUCUCAAGUAAACCCCCAUGUCAUCACAACAUAACAUCUCCAUUCCCUCCAUCAGGGAACGAGGGUUAUGUAUGUAACCAGGAUGAUAUUUUAAGUCUCUUAACCACAGUCAGUAAAACAACAUAAAAAAUGCAGAAGGAAAUGAGUGUACAGCCACAAUAAUUUAACCAAAACAUUAUGUUUUUGAUGGCGCAGGAUAAAAGUCACUAGAGAACAAGUGACUGCACAUAUGUAUAAAAUAUAUGCUGUACUGUAAAUUUGAAGCUUUGAGCAGAUGUUGGAACAAAAUUUCCAUUAAAAAAAAAAACAACAACAAAAAACCCCAGUGAGAAUUGGAUACAUGCUUAUUGAAAUGAUAUAGUUUAUUUGAAAUCAUGUGGAUUGGGUUCCAGUGGUUUCACUUGUAAAUAAACAACUCUGAUUGUUUUUGUUUAUAGCACGCAGAAGCUUCAAGCUUUUAGACCGAGAUUGGAUCGAGUCCAGCAUGUGCUCAAUAACCAACCGAUAUGAUGUCAUUUCCCGUAUCCCCUUGGUGACAUCAAGAAACUUCCUCCUUUAGAGAGGAACCUCAUACCAAUGACACUGGUCAAGUCCAUGCUGCAUCUUUCACCAGCCUCUUCUGCUUUCUCUUGAGGUUUUGAUUGCCCCAUCUGUUUAAGAGUUGCUAAAUAAAGCGCUUCUGUUCUCUAGAAAACAACAGCCUGGGAAACUUUGAAAUCCACAUUAAAAUGCAGCAAAAGGUUUUGGCGUUUUAUACAAAUGAAUGUAGUCACAUUUUAUACAUUUUUAGGCCUCUAAAUCAACAUGAACAAAAUUUUUUAAAAACCCGUUGUAUAAUCUUCUACAUGCCUUCUGUCAUCUGAUUGAUAGUUUAUACUUUUUUUUUUUUUAGCAUGUAAAAGUUCUUUUAGAAUAAUUAUAAAACCAUCUCCCUUAAUGUUGAUAUAUAUUUUUUGCUGUCAGAUCUUUACUGAAUGCAAGAAGCAUUUUUUUAGCAUUCAGGCUAACAUUUUCUACCUAACAUGUGUUCCCUGGGAAUUGAACCCACAACCUUGCGCUGUGCUUUACCACUUGAGCAACAGGAACACUAUUUUAUUUUAUUUGUACAAUUCAACCAUCAAUGUGCUUUUUUGGCCCACACAACAUCAACAACUCAAUUGGUAGAGCACUGCACUAUGAAGCACAAGGUUGGGGGUUCGAUUCCCAGGAACACAUGAUAUGUAAAAAUUGAUAAUCUGAAUGCGCUGUAAGUCGCUUUGGAUAAAAGCAUAUGCUAAAUGCAUAAAUAUUAUUUGGAGAUAUGGAGUGACAACUGAUAUUUAUAUAUUUUUCUUUCUUUUUUUUUUACAUUUCCUACUGCUCCAUAUAUUUCACACUAUAUGGACCAUCAAAAUUGAUACUUAAUUUUUUUUUAUAAUAAUAAUGGUCUAAACCAUGCCAAGAAAAUAAAAGAAAAAUCAAUGUUCAAAAAAAAAAAAAAUAAAAAAAAAAAAAAAUAAAUAAACAGGCAUAAGGUAAGCUCUUAAAUAAGUUUUGUUUUGCUCUUUGCUUUGUGUAUGAUUCUAUAUCUACUGCACUGUGAGAAAACCAAUAUUAUUUUAGAUCCCUCUUAUUUGUUGUACCUGGUUAAACAGUACUAUACAAAUUAAUUUUAUAUAAAACUAGUAUUUUAAAAUGUCCCUUUUUCAGUUAGGUCUGUAUAUCUAUUAGUCAUAGAAAUAAAUUGUUUGCAAGGCAUUCAUUGCAGUUUAGUGGUUUUCAGAACAUAAACCACACAGAAAGCAUUGAAGCACAAAUACACCACCAGAUACCUUUUUCAUAUCUCAACAACACACAUAAUGAGUCAGCAGCUUUAAAGUCCUUAUCUCUGCGGCCGGCUGACAUAUUCUAGCUGCCUUUAACAUCAGUUAAAACAUCUGGUGUUCAUGCGUAAGGAUGUGUGCAGUGUCAAAUAAGCAAGAAGAGCAGUUUUCCUCCCUGUCAGCACUUUAAAGAGCAGGUUUAUUUAGUCAGAUAAUUCAGUGUAAUAUAAUCUAAUAAUUAUUAUUAUUUUUUUUUAAAUAUACAUUUUUACGGAUAAUGUGUAAAGUUGAUAUUGUAAUUACUGUAAAUCAUGUUUACAUAAAAUUAUAAAAAAUAAAUAAAGACUAAAUUCCCUUACGAACGCUCCCCAUUUUGACAAGGGAUGGCAUUUCAC